AUUAAAAAGAGUAAAACAGGAUAAAAAGUAUAUAUUUGAUUGCGGUGGUGAGAGAAUGGCACAUGUUUGUCAAACUCAUAGAAAAACACACCUGAGAGGAGUUUUCUUCAACUGUGCCUGAUUCCGCUUGCUCUUUUUGCGUCGUCGCCUAGGAGACGACCGGCCCCACUUCUUACUGCGCUGUCCGCCCCCUCGAGUCCCCGCCCCUUCCUCGCGACCUGGCACUGAUUGGUCCGUUUGAACAGCGCCUGGCGGGAGCGCGUCGGGACUCGCAGCGUUGCCCCCGGCCUUUCCGAGCUCAGCGCCUCCUCGGCCGAGUCCGGUGUCGCCUUCUCGCGGCGUCUUCCCUCCAUCGCCCGGCCGAGCCCCGAGUCUCCGGCGUGUGGGGCGCACGAAACUGCUGCCAUGGAGGCAAUGAGAGCUAAGACACCUAAGAAACCUGCAGUGAAAAAAGGAUCCCAGAAGAACCUCAAGGAGCCAGUUGGGGUGUACUGUAGGGUGCGCCCACUGAGCUUCCCUGACCAAGAGUUCACCUGCAUUGAGGUCAUCAGCGACACCACAGUGCAGUUCCACCCUCCAGAGGGCUACUACAAACUGAACAGAACUGGAAAUGACAAGGAGACUCAGUACUCCUUUAAGCAAGUGUUUGGUGCUCACACCAGCCAGCGAGAGCUUUUUGACAUCGUGGCGAAGCCCUUGGUAGAUGACCUCAUUCACGGCAAAAAUGGUCUUCUCUUUACAUAUGGUGUGACAGGAAGUGGGAAAACUCACACCAUGACAGGUUCUCCAGGUGAAGCAGGGCUGCUUCCUCGGUGCUUGAAGAUGAUCUUCAACAGUGUAGGGCCAUUUCAGGCUAAACGCUAUGUUUUUAAAUCUAAUGAUAGGAAUAGUAUGGAAAUUCAGUGUGAGGUUGAUGCCUUGUUGGAACGUCAGAAACGUGAAGCCACACCCAACCUGAAGACCCCCUCUGCCAAACGACAAGUAGAUCCAGACUUUGCAGAUAUAAUAAAUGUAGAAGAAUUCUGCAAAGUAGAACAAGUGGAUGAAGAUAGUGUCUAUGGUGUAUUUGUCUCUUACAUUGAAAUAUAUAAUAAUUACAUAUAUGAUCUGUUGGAAGAGGUGCCAUUUGAUCCAAUAAAGAGCAAACCGCCGCAAUCUAAAAUGCUGCGAGAAGAUAAGAGCCAUAACAUAUACGUUGCAGGAUGUACUCAAGUGGAAGUGAAAUCUACUGAGGAGGCUUUUGAAGUUUUCUGGAGAGGCCAGACAAAGAGACGCAUUGCUAACACGCACUUGAACCACGAGUCCAGCCGUUCCCACAGCGUGUUCAACAUUAAAUUAGUGAAGGCUCCGCUGGAUGCAGAUGGGGACAACGUCCUGCAGGAAAAAGAACAAAUCACUGUAAGCCAGCUGUUCUUGGUAGAUCUUGCGGGAAGUGAAAGAACUAAUCGGACCAAAGCGGAAGGGAACAGAUUACGUGAAGCAGGUAACAUUAAUCAGUCACUGAUGAAUCUGAGGACAUGUAUGGAGAUCCUGAGAGAGAACCAGAUGUAUGGAACUAACAAGAUGGUUCCGUAUCGAGAUUCAAAAUUAACCCAUCUGUUCAAGAACUAUUUUGAUGGGGAAGGAAAAGUGCGUAUGAUCGUGUGUGUGAAUCCAAAGACCACCGAUUAUGAAGAAAACAUGCAAGUCAUGAGAUUUGCAGAAGUGACGCAAGAGGUGGAGGUGGCCAGAGCAGUAGACAAGGCCGCAUGGGGCUUAACACCUGGGCGGCGAUUCCGAAACCAGAUCCGAGGAGGCCCAGUUGGAGAUGAAGCCUUGGUCUCCGAGGUGGGUCUACAGAGUUUUCCACCUUUGCCUCUGUGUGAGAUUUUGGACCUCAAUGAUGAGCAGACCCUUCCGAGACUGAUUGAGAGCUUGGAGAAGCAACAUCACCUGCGUCAAAUGAAGAUCAACGAGUUUACCAGACAAGCUAAUACUUUCAGUGCUUUGUUACAAGAAUUUGAAAAUGCUGUUAGAAAUAAAGAAAACUACAGUCAAGGAAAACUAAAUGAAAAAGAAAAGAUGAUUUCAGGACAGAAAGUGGAAAUAGAACGACUGGAAAAGAAAAACAAGACACUGGAACACAAGGUUGAGAUAUUGGAGAAAACAACAACUAUAUAUGAAAAAGACCGACUUAAUCUACAGCAGGAACUUGAAAACCAGAAUCAGCAACUUCAGCGACAAAUAUCUGAGCACUGCAGGUUGGAAAACAGGUUUCAAGGCGUGGUGGCUGAAAUGACAACAAAGUGGCAGAAAGAAUGCGACCGUCGCGUGGCAGCCACACAGCUGGAAAUGCAAAACCAACUUUGGGUCAAGGAUGAAAAACUGAAACAGCUGAAAGCUAUUGUUACAGAGCCCAAAACUGAAAAGCCCGAGAGACCCUCUCGGGAGCGGGAUCGAGAGCGAGUCCAAGAAAAAGCCACUCGCAGAUCAGCUUCUGCGUCUCCAGCUCUUUCUAGUAACUAUAUUGCUCAGAUUUCCAACGGCCAGCAACUCAUGAGUCAGCCACAGCUACGUAGGCGCUCUAACUCUUGGAGCAGCAUUUCUGUGGCUUCCUGUAUAUCGGAAUGGGAGCAGAAAAUUCCUUCGUACAACACACCUGGCAAUGUCACAUCUAUUGCGAGGCGUAGGCAGCAGGAGCCAGGACAAAGCAAAGCUUGUUGCGUGUCAGACAGAAGGCGAGGGAUGUACUGGACGGAAGGCAGGGAGGUGGUUCCUACGUUCAGGAACGAGAUAGACGUACAAGAGGAUCAUUGCUGCAGGAACGUACUACCAGUUGGUGUCCGACGCAGACGAUCCCGCUCUGCAGGGGAAAGAUGGGUAGAUCAUAAGCCCGCCUCUAACGUGCACAACGAAACAGUCAUGCAGCCACAGGUGCCCCGCGCUAUCACAGUAUCUGUUCCCAGUGAAAAGGCGCUAGCUAAGUGUGAGAAGUACAUGCUGACCCACCAGGAACUAGCCUCCGAUGGGGAGAUUGAGACUAAGCUAAUUAAGGGUGAUGUUUAUAAGACAAGGGGUGGCGGACAAGCUGUUCAGUUUACUGGUAUCGAGACCCUAAAACAACAAUCUCCAGGCAGUAAUCGAAAGCGACAUUCAUCGUCAGCAGCACCUGCCCAACCAGAUGGCAUGGAGUCUGAAUUGACCGACAUAGAGACACGGUGCUCCAUGGCUGUGGAGAUGAGAGCGGGGUCUCAGCUGGGACCAGGAUACCAGCACCAUGCACAACCCAAGCGCAAGAAACCAUGAGUUUACAGUUGCAAAAGAACAUUGUCAUUGUAUACUGAUUCCUCCAAUGCCACCCAGACAUCGUCUUCCGGGUGACCUUAUGCAACAUCACGGUCCUCAGCUACGUACUACACUGGCCUAGAACAAGCUUCCUCCACGGUUCCAAAUCUAGGGUCCAGGAGGCUUCGUGUUUUAUAGACCUUGCUGUAUUUAAUAUUAAUAGCAGAGGAAUUCCUUCUUAUAUGUAUAUAUAUGAACUAUUUUUAUAAUGCUCUUUUGUAUAUUUUUGUACACUUACAACUACGGUAUUUUAAGCGAGUGUUUGUCUUGAUAAUUAAGGAAGAAUAUAUUAUAUCUAGAACACACUUCACUUUUUAUUGUCUUUUCCAGCUCUUGUCUGAUUAUUUCUCAAAUGCUGCUAUUGAUUAGCUGCAAGAAUGCACUUUAGACAUAUCUGACAAUUCAAACUUGCAAGAUAAGGCUGUCAGGGAUGGGCCAAUGAUAAAGCCCUUCUAGGAAGAUGUGGAGAAUUUCGUGUGUAUAUAUUCUUUGUGAUAUUCACAUAUACCGAAAGAAUUGAAAUUAAAAGCACUGUUAGAAAAGCAGAGCUGUGUGGCAGUUGU